UUCCCCUUUUCUAGUCAUCGACUGGAUUUACAUAAACUCUAAAAUAGGACAGUCUCUUAAUUAACGUGGCCUGUCCCCUUUGAAUGAAUGGACCUAGAAAUGGAAGAAGUCAAAGUAAUAUCUUGUUGUACGGAUCAAAAAAUAGAAACGCUUUCGGACGAGUCGGCGACUGACCGUCUAGAAUGUGUAACAGUCGAAGUAAUGGCUUUAGAAUCUAUGACACGGCAAGCCGAAGACUGCGAAAAAGAAUGUGAAGUUAGUCACUACAGAGAAGAGUGUGACGAAGUUAUUUGUGACAACGAGAAGAUGUCGAACAACGGGUGCUUAAAGCCGACUUUGCAUUGCAAGUGCAAACCACAGAAACAGACAACCCUAUCGCCACUUGCAUGGGAUGCUUUUGACCAAUUGUUCAAAUUGAGAAUGAAGUUUUUAACUGGUUUGGUCAUUUAUUUCGUGUUGUGGUUAAUUGUACAUUUCUUGUUUAUCAUCUCGUAAUUUCUUUCUAUAUUUAAGAACGGGACAAGUUUAUCUUUUGUUAUUAUUCGAAGGGACUGGUUUAUUGUACAAAUACAUAUAUUUUUUAAUUUAA